UCCGCUCUGUCGGACCUGUUAGAGCGGGACACUCAGAGGAAACUUCCGGGAGCUGUGUGAGUGAGUGAAAGUCCGCGAUGAGCAGCAAACAGGUGACCUGCAGGUACUUCCUCCACGGUGUGUGCAGAGAGGGCAGCCGCUGUCUGUUCUCCCACGAUCCCAACAACAGUAAACCCUCCACCAUCUGCAAGUACUACCAGAGAGGGGCGUGUGCCUACGGAGAGCGCUGCAGGUAUGAUCAUGUGAAACCAAUGUCUAGAGGAAGAGGGGGAGGAGCUUCAGAGGAUCUGGCAGGUGGAAGCAAAGGUGGAGUGAAGAAGACAUUGGUCCUGAGAGACAAAGCUCUUGGUAGUGAUGCUGGGUUCAGGGGUCCAGCAGGUGGUCUUGGUCUGGACGUCCCAGCAGCGGCGGCUCCUCAGUCCUACGUGGACGCCAUCAGAACCGGACUGGACGCUUCAUCUUUGGAAGCAGAGUGUCUCCCAGUGGGCGGAGCUUACCAGGACCGGUCCCAGCUGUGUCCCUACGCUGCUGCUGGACACUGUUACUACGAGGACAGCUGCACGUACCUGCACGGUGACCUGUGUGAGGUGUGCAACCUUCAGGUGCUGCACCCGCACGACGGGGAGCAGAGGAGAGCGCACGAGAAGGCGUGUCUGCUGGCGUUCGAGGCCGACAUGGACAAGGCCUUCGCAUUCCAGUUCAGCCAGGACAAGGUGUGCUCCAUCUGCAUGGAGCUGGUGGUCCAGAAGUCCAGCCCCUCAGAGAGAAGGUUCGGCAUCCUGUCCUCCUGCUGCCACGUCUUCUGUCUCAGCUGCAUCCGCCAGUGGCGUGGAACCAGAACCUUCUGCAACAAGAUCAUCAAGUCUUGUCCAGAGUGUCGGGUCAUCUCAGAGUUCGUCAUCCCCUCGGUGUUCUGGGUGGAGGAUCAGGAAGAGAAGGACCACCUGAUUGAGCUCUUCAAGUCCGGUGUCAGUAAGAAGGCCUGUAAGUACUUCGAUCAGGGCCGCGGCUCCUGUCCCUUUGGAGGGAAGUGUUUGUAUCUUCACGCCUUCCCAGACGGAACCCGGGCGGAACCGGACCGGGCCCGGAAGCAGCUGAGCUCUGAGGGAAACGUUCGGUUCAUGAACAACGUUCGUUUGUGGGAUUUCAUCCAGGAGCGCGAGCAGCAGGCCACGCCCCUGCCGUCCAUGGAUGAUGACAUCACUGAGCUUCGGGAGCUCUUCAUGCAGAUGUCCGGUCCAGGCCAGGAGGAGGCAGAGGCUCCACCCACUGCAGAGCAGUAGAGAAGUGGGCGGAGCAGAGUCUGCCAGCGGGACGUCCGUGUUAACGCAGAUUAAAUCCUGCAAACCUCUGCUACUUCCUGUCUGGAAAAAAACUACUUCCUGUCUGAAAACAAACAAAAUGUUCAUGUGUGACCUCAUCAUGUGUGACCUCAUCAUGUGUGAUUUAAUCAUGUAUGACCUCAUCAUGUGUGAUUUCAUCAUGUAUGACCUCAUCAUGUGUGACUUCAUGUCCGCAGGUUUGAUUUAAAAACAGAUUUUAUUUAUUGUAUAAAAGUCGAUGUAAAACCUG